CCUGCGGUAAAGACAAAAGCACCUCCGCCCACACAAGGAAGUGGCUGCAUUACUCAGAGAGGAAAAGAGAAGUUUUGUGAAACUCUAACAGACUUUAUAGUUUGUUCUCUAUCAGAAUCUGGAGCCAACGGCGGCACAAGAUUUGUAGAAAUGGCAUUUCACAGCUUCCUCUUGGAACCAAUAAGCUGCCAUGCUUGGAAUAAAGAUAGAACUCAAAUUGCCUUUUGUCCGAACAAUCAUGAUGUUCAUAUUUAUAAAAAGGAUGGAGAUAAAUGGACAAAAAUUCAAGAACUUAAAGAACACAAUGGGCAAGUCACCGGUAUUGACUGGGCUCCCGAGAGUAAUCGUAUUGUGACAUGUGGCACUGAUAGAAAUGCUUAUGUCUGGACUCUGAGAAACAACACAUGGAAACCAACACUUGUCAUCCUCAGGAUAAACCGUGCUGCCCGAUGUGUGAAGUGGUCCCCAAAAGAAAACAAGUUUGCAGUGGGCAGUGGUUCCAGACUCAUCUCAAUCUGUUAUUUUGAGCAAGAAAAUGACUGGUGGGUCUGCAAACAUAUCAAGAAGCCCAUCCGUUCCACUGUGCUAAGCUUGGACUGGCAUCCAAACAAUGUCCUUCUUGCUGCUGGCUCCAGUGAUUUUAAGAGCAGGAUUUUUUCAUCAUAUAUUAAAGAGGUAGAAGAACGUCCAGCCCCUACCCCAUGGGGUUCCAAAAUGCCUUUUGGUGAAUUGAUGUUUGAGUCCAGCAGCAGCUGUGGUUGGGUCCAUAGUGUGUGCUUCUCCAACAGUGGGGACCGUAUGGCCUGGGUGAGCCAUGACAGUACCAUUUGUAUUGUUGAUGCUACAAAGAAGAUGAGGGUCACUACUCUCAUAACAGAUACUUUACCUCUGCUGUGUGUAACUUUUAUCACUGAAAAUAGUUUAGUGGCUGCUGGUCAUGACUGCUAUCCUAUCUUGUAUACAUACAAUGAAGCCCAGGGGACCCUGAGCUUUGGAGGAAAAAUGGAUGUUCCUAAACAAAGUUCAACAAGAGGGAUGACUGCUAGAGAAAGGUUUCAGAAUCUGGACAAGAAGGCUAGCUCUGAAACCAAUAGCUGUGCCAUGGAAUCCUUACACAAAAACAGCAUCAGUCAGAUCUCUGUGCUGAACGGAGGGAAGGCAAAAUGUACCAAGUUCUGCACCACUGGAAUGGAUGGAGGCAUGUGUAUCUGGGAUAUAAAGAGCCUGGAGUCUGCAAUGAAAGAUUUAAAAAUUGUAUAGGCAUGAAAAGCAGAAUGCGAGCCCGCAGCUUUUAUCUAGCUUCUAUCUGCUUCGCUUCGGUUUUAACAUGAUGGCUCCAUCUUUUACAGGCUGGAAAGAUUUUAUAAUAAUUAAAGAUUUUGUCUGCGUACCAACAGGAAGUUGGCUUCAUAUAGUUUAGUCAGUGGCAUGCAAGAGAAACUAUUUACAUAACUAAUACAGAUUGAAUGUAUCUUCAAAAACAACAUAAAAACCUGGAAAUGUAGUAACUGGAAAUGGGCUUUCAGUACUAAAGGGGUUGUCCACCAUAGCUCUCUUCCACCCAAUCUGACAUAAGAUGCCGUAAGUGGGUGGUACAGCUGCCGAGUGCUCUGUUUAUUGCCUUUGCCAUUGUCCUGCCCAGCAUGUAGUAAGUGAAAGAGAGGCAUUGGAUGACCCUAUUAUGCCAUACUACCUUAAAUUCUACCUGUUCCUUUUAUUUACUGCUAUGCCUCAGUUGACAGAUGUUUACAAGCAUUGCCAUGAACAUUUUUCUACAAUACUGUAAAUGUACUAUUUAGAAAUAAAAAAAAAGCUAAUGAAAA